AUGGUCGCAACACGCCGCGGAGCAAAGGCCCCGGAGGCGGCGCCUGCCGCGUCGACACUCUCCGCGCCGCCCAAGCGCGGCAGGAAGAAGGCCGUCGUCGAAGAAGCCACAGAACCCGCGCCCACUGCGACAAGAGCCGCCAAAACAACAACCACAAAGCGCAAGGCCAAGACAGAACCAACGCCUGAGCCUGAGCCCACAGUCGAAGAAGUGCCUACACAGAAGAGGACACGCGCAACACGUGCAGCCAAGGUCGAGACAUCAGGAGAACAUGCACCUGUAGCGCCGAAGAGAGCCACGCGCGGUCGUAAAGCCUCAACACCGAUCGUCGAAGAGCCUGUCGUUGAAGAGCCAACCGAAGAGGAGGAGGCCACCAUGCCACAACAACAUGUAAAAAUUCAGGUCGCAACACGCGCGCGCAAAGCACCCGUGAAGAAGACACCGGCUAAGAAGGCUGAGCCUGUCAUUCAAGAGGAGCCUGCAGCAGAGGAAGAAGAGCCCGUUGCAGAAGAGGCGCCCAAGCCUGCGUCGCGCGCACGAAAGGCACCCAUCAGGAAGGCACCAGCUGCAAAGGCCGAGGAGACCCCUGUAGUUGACAACACAAUCAGCGCUGAGCCCAUCAAGCCAUCAUCUCGCGCGCGCAAAGCAGCCACGCCUCUCGACACUGCGCCCGUCCUUGCACCUCCCAGCAGAGCAGGACGCACAACUCGCAAUGUCGAACUUCCUCCAGCUUCGCCGCUAAAAGCACCUGCGCGCAAGCCAACAAAGAAGGCCACUCCAGCCAAGGCUGCAAAGGCUGUCGACGCUGCGCCUGCACCUGAGUCGAACGAAGAGCCCUUCACAGAAUACCCUGCGGUUCCCUCCACACCUGCACAUAGCAUCCAGCCUCUGACCAAUAAGCGAGCCUUGUUUGAGCUGCCUCAGUACCCCAAGACGCCCGCGCAUAUCAAAGCUCCCAUCUCCAACAAGGCUGCGCUGGCCGAGAUGCCUGAGUACCCCAAGACACCCGUCCACAUCAAAGCACCGAUCAGCCACAAGGAUGCAAUGAAGGAGCUUCCAGACUACCCGAAAACACCUGCCCACAUCAAGGCGCCAUUGUCUGCUAAGGAAGCUCUGAAUGAGCUGCCUGGAUACCCGAAGACUCCUGCACAUAUCAAGGCACCUUUGAGCACGAGACAAACACUCGCUGAGCUGCCUGACUAUCCCAAGACCCCUGCGCAUAUCGUCGUUCAAUCACGCUUGACGCAAUCCUCCCCGGAGCACGUCGCAGUCAAGGAGGUCUUCACUCCCGCCGUCUCAGCGACUGAGGACGCCCAAGUUGAGGAGGUUGCGGCAGCUACCACCCCAGUCCAGGUAGUCACACCUGUCCGAAGCAACACACCUGAGAUUGUGCAAAGAACACCAGCCGUUCGAUUCAUGGCUCCCUCUACCCCACCUGCACAGUGCUCACCAGAACACAUUGCUCCCAAGGAGACCUUCACACCCGCAUUUGCGCUCCCAGCGGUCGAGCUCAAGGCGCCUUGCACACCUCCAGCGCAAACCUCGCCUGAGCACAUUGCGAACAAGGAAAACUUCACGCCUCACUCGGCAGCUCCGGUGACUCCUGUUCGUGCCACGAGCGCGAACAGAAAGGCUUUAGGUGAACUUCCUGACUAUCCCACAACACCAGCCCUGGCCAUGGAGGCAGCGAUCCAGGAGGAGAUCAGAGCAUCUGCCAAGAAGCAGACUCCUUCGCCAUCUCACUUCUCGACCAACGAUAUGUCGUUCGACGAAGCCAGUGAAGUCACCGACCUCAGUAUCUCGGACCUCGAGAACGAGAACACUCCCGCCGAGAAGCCGCAAGCUCAGUUUGCACCACUGCAGUUGAAGCCCUUGACGUUGGCACCUCCGACGAGCAAGAUACCCUUCUUUGCACCACCAACGUUCACACCAUCGUCAUCCCUUCGCUCUCCCGUCAAGUCGUCCUUGCGAUCACCUGAGAAGAGGAGGAGUAACGACAGUCCAAAGAAGGCUGUCACUUGGGGUGACUUCGAGGAGCCGUCUAUUCUCUUCGACGGUCCCCUGCAGGGCCUGAUGUUCUACGUCGAUGUUGUCUCCGACAGCGGCAAGGACCAAUCCUUCCUCUUCGAGACUCUUCUCACAGAUCUCGGCGCGAAGGUUUCCAAGCAAUGGAGCAACACCGACAUCACGCACGUGCUGUACAAGGAUGGCAAGGCUGACACGCUCAAGAAGGUUGUCGAGAGCAAGGGGUCUAUCAAAGCUGUGAACGUUAGCUGGGCCCUUGAGUGCGAGGCGAAUAAGAAGCGCGUCGACGAAACCAAGUACCUCGUCAACCUCUCUUCUGCCCUCCCAUCAAGCCCGAAGGCUUCCGCAGUUCCAUGCACGCCUGCGAAAACUCCCUCCAGAUACGCACUUCCACCAUCGUCGGGCGAGCGCAGCCAGCCCGCGACUCCCACCUCAUCCGAAUUCGACCGCUCCAUCAACCUCGAUGAUAAGGAGAAUAGCGAGCUCGGCAUCUACUUCGAGCCCGACGGCAAGAUGGCGGUCCGCACCCUACCCCAGAAGAAGUCCAACUUCCUCCUGAGCCGUAGCCCCAUCAAGACACCAAGCAAGCAGAGGAUGAUGACGGCGACACCCAUGAGGCCGUUCUCGACCACCAAGAAGAGGAGCGCUGAGGCCUUCUCGGGCAUCUCGAUGGCGCCCCCCAAGAAGCUGAGGCUGCUCUGAGCGGCAUGUAGAUAUUUUGAUUAUGGCGUUUGCAUAGGGAAAGCAUGGAUGGCGUCGGACUGGCGUUUCUGCAGCGACGGCUUGAGCAGGGCAGCAUUGUCGUCCCUCUUCGUGAUUUUCAUCAGGGCUUGAGAGUCGCUCAUUGCGUUGUAGCAUCUUACGGUGCUCCCGUGGACGACUCAAGACAGCCGGGUGGAGAGAGCGGAGAGGGCGUCAACAUCGUCGUGUCCCAAGGCUUCGACUCGCACUGUGUUUUGUUCAUACAUUUCUGUCCCACACUCACUUGUCCUAUGGACUAAGGGGCCCGGCGUUGUAUAUGGGAGCGGGGCUGGUGUUUAUACAUUGCUUGUUCAUAAACCACGUACAAUCGAAUUCACAUACUCGAUACUCUACAUUUCCAACGCUUUGCCGCCGAGGCAUGGUUGAAUCAUAGA